AUGCCUUGCGGUAACUCCUUCGCCUCGUCGCUUUCCUGCCUGAACCUGUUUGGUUCAGGAGAUGGGAGCCUACGGGCCAUGUUCAAGAAGAAGACCUUAUUCGCACGCAGCAGAAGAUUACGAGCUCGACAGAGCCCGGACACGGAGUGCCUGUUGAGAACGAGAAGCGAAAGCGUGGUUCCGACAGACGAGAAGCAGGAGUCGCGGGAGCGGUCGUCGGUCUCGUUUGCGGCCUUUUGCGACGACGACGAAAAGGAGGCAGCAGCAGCAGCGGCAACACCGGUGCGCCAGCAGAGCCGAUUCCUGUCGUUGCCGCAGGAGAUCCGUGACGAGAUCUAUGCGCACGUCUUCCGGUCGACGCGGCUGGCAAUGGGUCGACGGAUCAGCUGCUCGACAGCCGUUCCUGUUUCGGCGUAUGGCCACCAUGAUGGCCACCAUCGCCACCACCACCACGAGCACGACCAGGCCGGCGGCCACAUCGACAUUACGCGCAUCCGGCCGGCGCGCCACGCGCUCGCGCUCUUCCACGUCUGCCGCCAGGUGCACGCGGAGCUGCACAUCGACGAUGCGUGGUUGGGUCACGUGCUUUGGGAUUUUGCCGACCUCGCCACGAUGCUGGACGUGUUGGGCGGCACCUCGGGUCCGGCGAGCCCGCUGGCCACGACGGCUGGCCGCGGACGUGUGCGUCAGCUUGACCGCCUGACCGUGCUGCCGGCGCUCAGCUGCCGGCUGCACGGCACCGCCUGCUGUUACGGCGCCACUACGGGUGGUGGCAACGGCCGCGUGGCCUCUCAUGACGUGCUGGCCGAGCUGCUGCGCACCGGCCGCGGCUGGCGCGAACUCUGCUACGUCCACCACGACGUCACUAUGCUGGCGGCCGACCGACGACGAGGCACCACCAGCCAUGCUGCCGGCCAUCGUCGACCUCCCGCACACGGUCGCCACCGGACCGACCCCGGCCACCGCGGCCACGCUCUCGAGGCCAUGAUGGUCAGCAUGGGCUUCUGGGAUGACAACGAGGCGGACGACGACGUCCUCCUCGACCGCUCCGCCGCUCCGGCCCGCCAUCACAGCCCCUCGUCUACCCCCCGGUCUCCCCGUCCCAGCAGCAUCUUCACGGCCUACGCUGAGUCGAAAAAGUUCCGCCUGCCCGGCUGGAGAGCCUUGCUGGCUGCCCGUGACGACAACGCAGACACGACGGCCGACACCGAUUCCGCUGACUCGCCGCUUCCUACCUCCGUCGACGUCUACAACAUGCGCGCCGGCCAGACCUUGCGCCCAAUCCGCACCCUCGCUGACGUCUACACGAUGCGGCUGCGCAGCGACGAUUUUGUCGUGGUCGCCCGUCGCGAGGACAACCAUGCCGCCACCACCGAAGACACGGCCUAUCCCUACGUCGACGGCGACCCGCGCACGCUUGGCUAUGGCACCACCUGGGAGGAGCUGCGGUCCUUCCUCUUCCCUUGGGACUACAUCCCCGAGACCCGGCACCGGUACGAUCGCUACACCCACAGGGAUGAGUACGUCGUCGGCCCGCUGCGACAUCCCAACGGCGAGUUUGGGCCCAGGCGGAAGUGA